AUGAGACGUCAGCGUGCUAACCCGCUAACCGGACAGUCCAUAAUGAGUCAGACCCGGUAACGGGAGCUUUAGUCAGACGUUCAGCAGGUUAUCGAAAGAGUUCUUCUUUCUCACCGAACCGGAAGUUCAUCUUCCUCACAAGAACCGAAAGUUUGUAUCUAAUGAAAAACAGAGACGAAGAUGUCUGUCGAUGCUAAUGCUAAUGCUAAUGCUAACUUGGACCAAAAGGUUCUGCAAUACGAAAUCUUCAUCAACGAAGUUCUGAGGAGCGAUUUACAGAAGGUGUUGCAACAGAGGGACUCUGUUUAUGAGAAAAUCUCUCAGUAUCUCCAGCUGAAGAACUCCAUUCAGAGGCUGCAGGAUGCCACUUCUCACCUGAAGACUGACGUGGAUCUCGGCUGUAACUUCUUCGUUCAGGCUGAAGUGGAGGACUCUUCCAGGAUCUUCGUUGCCGUGGGUUACGGUUUCUUCGUGGAGAUGAACCAGGACGAAGCUCUGAGGUUCAUCGACAAGAAGACCAGUCAGCUGACCGCCUUCACGGAGCAGCUCAGUAGAGACUCUGCUGAGAUCAAAGCCAACAUCCGCAUGGUGAUGGAGGGUCUGAGGGAACUUCAGGGCCUGUCAGACCUGCCAGAGAGCAGAAGAAGAGAUGUCUUCUAGAUGCCGCCUGUCAGGACGCGGUUACCAUGGCGAUGUGUUAUUAUGGUCUGUAACAGACAUUCAGAGGAAGAAGAGAGUCUGAACUCAUGUUGAGAUCAAUAACUCUGUAAUGUGAGACGGGAGCGGAUCACAGAUCAAUAACUCCUUUAACAAACAUGAAGUAUCUGUAGACCUUCCAAAUAAAGUGAUCUUCGUAAAAACAUA